AGAGAGAGAGGGAGAGUAUAGUUGUAAGGACAGUAGCGUCGUCUCUAUUUGGAUUUGUCCUGUUUUUGUCUUGAUAUCGAUGGUCCGUACAUCUCCCAAGCCUUCUAUUGUAUAUGACUUGGAAAUGCUUGGCCUUUGAUGAACACAUCCAGGCCUCUCUCUCUUUCUUUCUCUCUGAAAUUGAAACAAGAAGACCUGCAUUUUCUCUUUCAUCUUUUCAUGGUUUCCUGACAAAGAGAUAUUAGAACGAUGGAUCUAAAAUCUCCUGAACUUGAUUCUGAUUUUGUUGAAGUUGAUCCCACUGGUAGAUAUGGAAGGUACAAUGAAAUCCUUGGAAAAGGAGCUUCCAAGACUGUGUACAGAGCCUUUGAUGAAUAUGAAGGAAUUGAGGUGGCAUGGAACCAGGUGAAGCUGUAUGACUUCUUACAGAGCCCUGAAGAUCUAGAGAGGCUUUACUGUGAGAUCCAUCUCCUCAAGACCUUGAAACACAAGAACAUCAUGAAGUUCUACACCUCUUGGGUUGAUACUGCUAACAGAAACAUCAAUUUCAUCACUGAGAUGUUCACCUCAGGCACCCUCAGACAGUAUAGGCAAAAGCACAAGAGGGUGAACAUAAGGGCAGUGAAGCAUUGGUGUAGGCAGAUCUUGAAAGGGCUUCUCUAUCUGCAUAGCCAUGACCCACCUGUGAUCCAUAGAGAUCUCAAGUGUGACAACAUCUUUGUCAAUGGUCAUCAAGGUGAGGUCAAGAUCGGGGAUCUUGGCCUGGCUGCCAUCCUCCGGAAAUCUUAUGCUGCUCAUUGCGUCGGCACACCAGAAUUCAUGGCCCCUGAGGUGUAUGAAGAGGAGUAUAACGAAUUGGUCGACAUCUACUCUUUUGGGAUGUGUGUUUUGGAAAUGGUUACCUUCGAAUACCCAUACAGCGAAUGCACUCAUCCAGCUCAGAUCUACAAGAAAGUCAUCUCUGGGAAAAAGCCUGAAGCAUUGUAUAAAGUCAAGGAUCCUGAAGUUAGGCAAUUCGUAGAGAAAUGCUUGGUGACAGUGUCCUGGAGGCUCCCCGCCAAGGAGCUUUUGAAGGACCCAUUUCUCCAACUAGAUGAUUUCGAUUCCGAUUCAAGGCUGGUUGAGUGUCAGAGAGACAUCAAUGAAAUCAGCCCUCUUUUGAGGCAACCGCUUCUCGAACCUUAUCAUGAUGGUAGCUCCUUGAUCAAUGGGUACUCUGGUUAUCUCUCUCAUGAAUCCGAUAAUGGUUGGGAUUAUGAAUAUGAUGUCACAGAGGAUGAGCACCAUGGGAUUGAUUUCUUCGCUGGCCAAGAGGAUGAACCUUUGACGAAUGUGGACAUCACAAUCAAGGGGAAGAGGAGAGAUGAUGAUGGGAUCUUUCUAAGGCUGAGGAUUGCAGAUAAAGAAGGCCGCAUUCGCAACAUCUACUUCCCUUUCGACAUCGAAACUGAUACCGCCUUGAGCGUUGCGACCGAAAUGGUAGCGGAGCUAGAUAUAACUGAUCAAGACGUGACAAAGAUAGCAGAAAUGAUCGAUGGUGAGAUAUCUUCCUUAGUGCCUGAAUGGAAGCCAGGCCCAGGCAUUGAAGAAGCCCCUGGCCCAUCAACGCUGAACGUCUGCCACCAUUGUGCCUCCAAUGUUUCCUCAACUGGGUCCCUUCUCAACUUUCUCUCGUCGAACAAUCCAGAUGGCAUGAACCCACAAAGUGUUCACUGUUCCCGCCUUGGAUGUGCUGCUACGCAUGGCCGGUUCGAGGAGAUCACAUACCAAAUCGAUGGGUCUGAGCAUUGCGUGACAGAGUGUGCACCUGUCAUUUCGAGUCAAUCAAAUGGCCUGCAGUACACAGAUAUUUGGGCUCAACAAGAAGGCCCUGAUUUGAGCUCAGAAGGAUCGGUGCAGAUCCAUUCAGAUGAAGAAAAUGAUCAGCUGGAUCAAUCGGCAUCCGCCAAAGAUCAAAGCUUCUUAGAAAUGAAUAAUCACGAAGAACCCGAUGAAGGAAAAUCUGUGGACCCAGUAUGUUGUAGUUCAACAGGUGAUCAGCAUUUGGGGAUCGCCGAAUUGGGAUGUCAAUCUUCCCCCACAAUCCAUUCAUCAACUUAUGCCACAUCCAACAACUAUGGAAAUGAGAUUAGGCAGGAAUUGAGACAGCUUAAAGCAAAGCACCAGAUGGAACUAAGAGAACUCAGUAGUCAGCAGUUUGGAGAAACAGAGAAGGUUUUGUUGGACCCAUCUCUGUCUUCUGGCAAAGCAGAACACAGAGUCAAAGAUGGAGUUAUGGGUUCUUCAGUUCCAGUGCCAUUACAAGGAGAGGAUAGACAUCUUUUGAAAUCCUUUGCUUCGGGUAACCAAUUUUCUUACUAUUUCAUCCCUCAUGACAGAAGAAACUUAGCUCCCAUGAAUAGCUGCCGCCCCAAUUCGGAAACCCAAAGGGCCCAACAUUGCGAGGCGACCAACCAGUGCAGUCGACACCCUGUGUUUACGACCAAGAAUUUCUACACUGGAACCCUGCUUCCACAGCCUCUUCACAGAUCAAAAUCCCUUCCAGUCGAUGCCGUCGAUGUUUAGAUCUUUAAGAGCCUUCGAAUAUAUAUAGUUUUUUCCCAUCACACUACAGCUAUGUAUUUUUGCUUCGUCCUCAAUUGGUUGUAGAUUAGUUCGUAUCCUCAAUUGGUUGUAGGCGAAUAGAAAUGAAUCCGAAGGUGGUUUGUCUUGGAAGUCAUGAACAGAUGUAAUUUUUUUCCUACUUGUAGGAAGUUGAAAAUCAGCAUUUAUUUGAGCUGAUUCU